CAAAAUUUUGAUCUGACUGAAAUGCAAGGCCGCGAUUGAAAACCUGCAACCUUUAAAAACAGAAUCCACAAACUUCUACGGUGGCCGCAUGCAUGAAGAAAAAAAUCAAUUUACGGCUGAUUUUGGUGAGUGGCAAAACCAGGGAAUAUCUUUUCAGCCCGAAUGAUUCAGCAUCGGACAUUGCACAGUUUGUUUUCGAGAACUGGGUUGAAGCCGAAUGGGCUGAAGAAUCCGUGGCCAAAGCAGAAAUUCUCCGUCUUAUAUACCAAGGGAGGUUUCUUCACGGAAAUGUUACUUUAGGAGCUUUGCAGUUGCCACUGGGCAAAACAACUGUCAUGCAUUUAGUCCCAAGAGAAAAUCUACCCGAGCCCAAUUCCCAAGAUCAGCGGCAGAAAUCUAAGGAUCGAUCAAGUAACUGCUGCUCAGCAAGUUGUUCUAUCCUAUAAUAAAGAGAAAAUGAAUCUAAAAAAUAUCAAAAGCUUCAGGAGUCAAAAAAGAAAAACGUCUGAAUAUGGAGAUCCGUUGUCGUAGGUUCUUAGGAUCUCUUCCUUCAUUCCACAUGAGAAACUCUAUGGACCACAUUGUUGCUGUUUCAGACUUCGUGACGUCAAAAAAAGAUUGAAAUACUUGUAGAAUUAUAAAUGUCAGUCAUCUAGUUAUUGCUUUUAUUGUUAAAAAAAUAUUUUUUGCUUAAUCGCAUCAAGGGCUUAAAACUAUUGUAUUGUUAUAUAUUUUUCUCGUAUUCUGUAUUUUAUGUUGUGUAUGUGAUUGUUUUUAUUAAUUUUCUUAAUCCUUCAAGAAAGUUAUUUCCAUAAUAUACUUUAGAUAGUAGGUAAAGAUUUUGGUGAGCAUAGAAACAUUAAAACAUAUAAAUUGUAAAUAAAAAAAGAUGUUUUAUAGAGUUAAAUGUUAAAAUGAAAGGAACUGAAGUCUGUUUCACCAUGCUUUAUAUAUUUAUAUCCGUAAAAUAAUAUUGUGGCAUUCGCGGACAGUACGUUUUGCAUAUUUUCAACGAAAAUUAUGUCACAAGAACCAAAAUUGUUAUUUAGGAACAAAUAAAUGAUCCCUUAAAAAUUCAUAAAACUAGAUUGUUGACAUAUUGUUCAGUUUCUCAAAUUGCAGAUUAUUAGUGUGUGUCACAUGACUUUUUUAAGUCUUUACUAAACGGAAAAUUCAUUCUUUAAAUCCUGCGUGAAUACCAGUUACUAUUUGCGAUAUCACAGGUUAACCUUCGUGCGUUUGAGUAAAAAUCGAGUGGUUCUAGAAAUAAUGAAAAUUCAUAGAUUUUUUGUAUGUGUUUGUGUGUUAGUUAGCGUAGUGAAUUUAUAUAAUACAUGACGGUUGAAAUUUUCUUUCAUAUACCGUCAAUAAAUUAAAUGACACAAGUUUAGUGACAAUAAAGUUCUUAGAACUUCUCGCAGUAAAUAAAAUUCUUGGAAUAUACAUAGUAAUUUAGCAAAGAAAACGAGCAAUUUUCCAUAUCACAUAAAUAUAAGACCUAAAGGAAUUAACAGUGCGAAUUUUAAGUUUAUAUACUUAGUUUAAAAAUACAAUCAUAUUUUGGAUAUACUGAAAGUUUUAUUUAUGAAAGUAUUUUACUGUUUAAUUCCUUUCAUUUAAUUGUAGCAUAUGUAUAUUUUAUCGUAACCCGUAUUUAUUAAUUUAACAGUGAAUAUGCAAAAUUAUUUACUAUAUUUUUAUUGCAAGGAUAUAGGAUAUAUAUGCAAAUUCUUCUGUUUUACUUCCGUAAGAAGUAAUAUAGAUCUUUAGUUAAAGUGCCAGCAUAAAGUUUUCCUGGUUUUAAAAAUUGGAUUUGUAUUAUGGUUAUAUAAAAAAUGAAUUUGAACUGUGAUUAUUUGAAAGGGAAAAAAUUAUUUGAAUUGUAAUAAUUUGAAGAUAAAUUGGAUUAGAAUUGCAAUUAUGCAUUUAUUUAUUCAGAUAUAGAAAUUAAGUCUGAAAGUAAAAAAAAAAAAAAAAAAGAAUAGUCAACGACGAAGGCAUAUUUGCUAUAUGCAGAAAUCUUGGUCUAUAGCCAUAAUAUUAUACUGUUAUCAGGUUGUCAUCCAAUAUCCAUUUAUCGUAAAUUUUGAAAUGAAUAGAUUAUCGUCCAUGUCCACAUAUCGGAUGAGAAUUUCUAUAUAAUCUCAUGCACUUUUAAUUAGAUCUAGACUGUUAUCUUUUGUUAAAGAAGUCACGAAGAUAAAUAUAUCGUUUAUUAAUGUUUUUCUUAUUUGUAUACAAAUUAUUUUGGUAAACUGCGAUGGCAAAUUUUAAUUUCGAGGAAUUGAUAUUAUAUCAAAAUCUUCUCUUCAGAAACUCGUAAGGUAUUGCGAAAUGCAUAUAUUUAGGUUUCAGCCCUAUUUUUAAGCGCUUAUUUUAGAAAUUGGUGAAAUUGAGAAAUGUUAACUCCUGUUAUUAAAAGGAAAAUAAAUGCAUUUGUUUUCCUUCAGGAUUCUAAUUUAAAACAGCAUUAACUGUUGAGAUUGCCUAAGGAUACUUAUAAAAAAUAAAAUAUUAAAGGAAAUAAUUUAUAUAUCAUCUGCAGCACGUAGUAAAAAGAAUUAGCGUUCUUGUGUGUUGAGAAAGGGAAGGGAGUGAGAAUAAUAUAAUCCUGAACUCUCUGCAUUAUCUAUUAUUUUUAUUAAGCUCAGAUUUCAGUAAAUAAUGCAUAUAUUCAUAAUGCAUUUCUUUGUAAGCCAGACUGUUAUAACAAUUGCCCAAGAGCCUUUAAAAUUAGUUUCGUCGUCACUGCAACUUUACGAAAUAAGUUUAAAAAUGUGACUUAAAUCAAAUGAAAAAUUGCACAAAAUGUGUUUUUACAUUUCCUCAUAAUUAUUUUAAAUUUUAGUUCAGUUUUUUAUUUUUAUUUCCGUGUAUUAUAUUAGAAAAAAAUUUUAAAUAUCAAUUACUAGCAUAAAAUUUGCCAUCAUCUUAAUAUACAGGCACUGUUUGAUUGGGAAGAAGUUUAAGGACCUCGUGAAGAUCUCUUUGUUCACUGAAUUUAAUCAAUUCGUCCAUAUCUAAAUAAAACAUCAAUCCGUCUCUAUAUUAAUAAAGUUGAAUCUAAUUUGAGCAAUUUAAUUAAAAGAUUAGUUAUUGAAUUAUUUUCGAGAAGCAUCACGUCCACCCUUAAAUUGUAAUUACAUUGUAAAUAAUAUAAGGCUUCCAUUUUUCACCAGACCUGAAGAAAGGUAAAUUAAUUGGAUGCACUUUAAAUUAAGUGUAUUAAAAUUGGUCUGUGUUAAGCAACGUAUAUUUUAAGACAGUUGUACGUAUAUAGCGAUAGUUGUGUUUUCUUACAGCAAUAGUUUCUACAGAAGUUAUUGGUUACAAAAAACUUAUUUUGUGGUUUAUAAAUUUAUCAUAAUGUUUACAGUUUUUCAUGCUGGAUCACUGAUCAACAAAAUUUCAUUUUAUUAAGCAAGUAACAAGCUCAGACUGGCAGUCUAUACUAAUAAGCGUUUAAUGUCGUUGCAACUUUUGUUUAAUGUCUGUAAUUUGAAACUACUAUUUUGUUGCUUCAUUCAUGUAUAAGCUAAAUAACAAAUUGUUUCUCACAUAAAACUGAAAUAGUUACGUAUAGAUAUUCAUUUCAUGUUGUGAGAAUUUUAGAUAGUAGACUUACAAUUUUUACGGUAUUAGUCGAAUGAAGCGGCUGAAAUCAUUUUUCAACCGCUAAAGAAUGCAGAAAUCAAACUUGUCAUUCUAAUGAUAAUGCAAGUUAAAUGCUAUUUGAAUAAAUCAGUUCAUAAACGAUCAUGUGUUCAAGGUAAAUAUUGUUUUACAAGUGGUCUCUCUGUUAAUGUUUGACAUAUAGUUAUCAAAUAAAAAGUAUGAAAUAUUAUAAAGUUAUGUUUUAAAUUUAAUGUGUGAUUAAGUUAAUUUAUUCAAAAUGUAAAAUAUCACUCAAAGAUAUUGUGCUUCUUAUGAAAAACUGAAGAAUUGUAAAGUUAUAUUGCUUAUAUUGUAUAUGAUGUUUUAAAUAUCACAAUGUUCUAGUGCAAUAAAAUAUCUUUGAUUUUGUAGCUAUAAAGUG